UGGAUCUAUUUAGACGGAAAUCCUUAACCCUUUCAACGAAAAAUGUCUGACUACGUUUUCAAGAUCCUCCUCGUGGGGGACAAGAGUGUGGGCAAGACCUCCCUCACCAGUCGCUUCUUGGAGGACCGCUUCUUUCUCAAAUACCAUCCCACUGUAGGCAUUGAUUUUAAUGUGUGCCAUGUGGAAGUGGCUGGUAGACGGGUGGGCCUACAAAUCUGGGACACCGCCGGCGAUGAGCGCUUCCAUGCCUUGUUGCCGAAUUAUUAUCGCAACGCCCAUGGUGUUAUGGUCAUCUACGACACCACAUCCCUUAGCAGCUUUCGCAAUGUGGACAACUGGCUAAAGGAACUUGGUGGCUUCUGCUCCAAGGGUGUUAAUUUCAUGCUGGUGGGCAACAAAUGCGACGAGCUGGAGAAGCGCCAGGUGACCCAGGAGAAGGCAGCCCGCUACUCUGAGCACUUUGCCCUCUCCUUCUGCGAGACAUCGGCCAAGAGUGGGGCCAAUGUGAAGGUUCUCUUUGAAACCUUUGCAGUGGAGGUCUACAACCGCCUGGUGCUCGGAAUCUUGCCAUCAACAUCGACACGAUCCAUGAGGUUAGCCAGUGAAGAUGGCAGUAUCAAGCAGUAUCAAGCGCACAAAGACCAAGGCGAAAGCAUUGUUUCGGUCCUAGAUAUGAAUAGGAUUCGUUUGGAGGACAAGAAGAGUUCGGAAGAACCAGGUCGCUCAGGUCACUGUUUUAUAUGA